AUGGCGUCCCUCGCGAACCACCCCGCGGCUCCGUCGCCGCCGCCGCCUGCGUCGCACGCUCAGUCACCGCCCGCCGCGUUCACCGACCCGUGGAGCGCGGGCUCCGACUCCCCGUGCGCGCAGUUCGCCGCGCAGAGCCCCCCCGGCGGCCCGCCUCCUCGCCUAUCAUCCGCCGGUUGCAACGAGACUCUCCCGUCGCCGAUCCCCACGCCCCCCUGCACGUGCUACUCGCGGCUGCCGGCCGGAUGCACGACGGAUCCGCACGCGCCGACCGUCAAGUACAUCGGCGUGCGCCUGCGCGGGCGCAACCGGUGGGUGGCGGAGAUUAAAGACAACAACCACGGCGUGCGCAAGUGGCUCGGCACCUUCGCGUGCCCCGUGCAGGCCGCGCAGGCCUUCGACGCCGCGGCGCGUGCUAUUCGCGGCCCGAAGACGAAGGCGAACUUCAAGCGCGGCGACGCGGAAUUCGUGGAGGACGUACCGGAGGUUCUCUCUGUGCUCGCGUACUGCGCCUCGGGCAAGCCGCCGCAGCAAUCGGGAAACCUGGCGGGUUUAGCGGACGGCUCAACGCGGAGAGCGUCUCCGAAGCAAUCGUCUCCCGGGGGGGCGCCUGGGCCGGGCAGAAGGCUGGGCAGGGGCAAGCCGCCGUCCCCCACUGCCGGCCCCUUGCCGCUCGCGAUCGGCCCGCCGUCCAUCGCCGCGCCGCCCUUCGCCGCCGCGAAGUACGCAGUUGACGCGACUCCACCCGGCGCCACGCUGCAUCAUGCCGCAUCGCGCUUGUCCAUGCCGUCCCCGUCGUCAGCGCUGGUCUCGCCAAGCCCCAUGCAGCUCACCGGAACUUACAACUCUGACGCGUCGCCGCUAACGACCUUCCCGUCUGCUCGCGCGCCGCAUGAGGUCGUUGUGAAGCGCGAAGCCCUGGCGCCGUCCUCCCUGCUGCCCGUCGCGGCGUUCGCCGAGGCGCGCGCGGCGAGCGAGCACGCGGUAAUUGUGCAGCCGGCUCACGCAGGCGGGCGCGCGGCGACGUGCUGCGCGCCGCCAGCCGCAGUUGACGGUGUGACGUGGGUGGUGGCGGAGCCGGAGCAGGCGACGCCUUGGCCCGCGCGGACGGCGGAACCCGCCAGGUUCCCCCAGCUAGUUGCGCCCGCGCCCCACGCGCCGUAUCACUCAGCUUCGCCCCAUUGGCGCGACGCGCAGGGGGAGCAGCGCGAAGUGCGGUGCAGGGGAGCAGAGGUCCAGGCGGGAGCAGGAGGUGAAGGCGACAAGACAGUGAUUGAAUGCGCCUCGCUGUGGUCUCCGUGCCGCCCGAUUGACGCGAGCAGAAAGGAUGAGGACACAUUCGCACACACGCCAUCCGCGCAACCAGAUGACAUGGAAGUCCGAUCCUCAAGCCACGUCAGGCUCGGCAAGCGCAGGUCGCCCGAGCCUGCAGAGGGCCUUCAGUUGAAUCAGUUGGCGCGGAACGCCGAGGCAAGCGGGCCUGCAGGCAUGGGAGGGGUGCUCUCUCUGCUGUCCGUUGGAGCCCUCCAGUCGUCCGGCGAGAGGCUCGGCGGUAGGCUCGGUGGCGAGAGUCUGAAGGUGAAGGGAAUGAGCCUUGCCUCCCUCUUGCCUGUUGCCGAGCCUGCGCUGACUCCUAAGGAGUUUGGCGAGCUUCGGCAGAGGCUUGGGUGGAAGGUGGUCCGGAUGGAGGACCUGGAGGAAAUCCCAAGGGUGGCUCGGGAAGCUCUGUUGAGGUUCAGGCAGGACAAAGACUUCACCAUGCUGUCACUGUAG